AAUUUCCAAACGGUACUCAAGUCUCCAAUGCUAGGGUUUAAGAACCAAACUUACCAAAGAAAAGCAUCCCCAAACGAAACCCUCUUUACCGUUAAUAGUUUAAAUCCCUUAAAGCUGCCUCCUCCUUUCUCGCAACUAUGAAACUUCAAUCCACUCUUUACUACCAACCGUAUUUCAACGUUAAUCAAAAUCCAAUUCUCUGCCUUUUAAGCGAUGGAAGGGUUUAUCUCUGAGCCUACCAUUGAAGACAAAAACAUUAGUCCAGCUUCAGAGCUCAAAAAUUUGAAGGACCCAUUUGACAUUUAUAACUCCAAAAUCAGCGACUUGUCUUUCGUCGACUCAUUUCUCGAUUUUGAUUCCAUAAAGGAGUUUUUUGAAGAUAGCCAUCCAGCGAGGAUAACCUUAGAGAAUAUUGGAUUUGAGGAUUUUGAGAAGAGUGUAAAGAUGAGUGAAGAAGGAAAAACCAAUUUUGGGGACCGGAUUGUCCACGGGCCUGACCCAAUUUUGGGUGGGUCUGGUAGUGUGGUGAAGGUUGAGGCAUUGGAAGAUGAGAAAGAGAAGGAUUUGAGUUGUUGUAUAGAGGAAGUGAUGAGUAAAGUUAGUUUGGUCGGUGAGAAGAGUGAAACUGUGAGCGAUGUGGAUGGAAGUGGGAAAGUUCGUUUGGCUGUUGGGUCAGAUUCGAAUGCUGUUGAUGGGAGUGGUGUGAAGACUGGAAUAACAAGCGAUGAGAAAGAGAUUGAAAGUGCUUCUGAGUCUGAGGAUGAAAGUUCAGCUUCAUCAUCAUCUUCUUCUAGUAGUAGUAGUAGUGAUGAUGAGGAUGAGGAAGAAGAUGAAGAUGAGGAAGAGAAAGAGGAAAUGAGGUUUCCAUUAAAAAGAGAUAUGGUUGUGGCUAGUGAUCUUGAAGAAGGCGAGAUAGAGGUUGUUAAUGGGGAGGAGAUGGUUGGUCAGACUGACGAUGACAGUGAUGAGGAGGAAAUUGAAAAGGAUGUAAUUGGUGGGAGUGAUAUUGAAUCUGAUGAUGUUGGUGUGGAUGAAAUUAGUGGAGGUACUAUAGGAGGAUCUAUUAAGUCGAAGAAUGAGCUGCAGGUUCUCCCUCCUGUUCCUCAAGUGAAUGUUACCUUGCAACCACAUCAUCAGAUGCAGCCUGUUGGAGUUGUUCUUUCGGUUAUAGGUGUCCAAGUCAUUGUAGAAGGGGCAGAGAAGCAUAGCCCUCUAAAUGAGGGUUCUAUCCUCUGGAUAACUGAAAGCAGAUCCCUUUUGGGGUUGAUUGAUGAGAUCUUUGGACCUGUAAAAAACCCUUACUAUGUGAUACGAUACAAUUCAGAAAGUGAAAUUCCUGCUGGUGUCUGUGUAGGCUCUUUAGUCUCUUUCGUUCAAGAGUUUGCCAAUCAUGUGCUUGAUUACAAGAAUCUUUAUAAGAAAGGGUAUGAUGCAUCUGGUGACAAUGAUGAAGAGUUAUCAGAUGAAGCAGAGUUUUCAGAUGAUGAGAAAGAAGCUGAGUAUAAGAGAAAGCUAAAGAUGGAAAAGAGGGGCAUGAGUGACCAGAAACCUGGUAACAGGAAAAACAAUCGGAAAAAGGGCAAAAAUACAUGGAAAAACGAUCGGCAUUCAAUUCCGCAAAUGGCUGAAGUUUGCCAGCCAAUAUUUAAUCAAAACCAACAUCAGAUUCCUGUUCCAGCAUCCUACGGUCCUGGUAAUUUCCCUCCUUCUUCCGCCAUUGUACAGGGCUGUUUUGGUGGAAUUGGUUCAGUCCCACAAUUUCCACCGAUUGCACAGACUGCUGGUUUCACAUCUUCAAAUGGAGUUUGGACCAAUGAGAUGCAAUCCCAGCAACCACAGAAUGCUUUUUUCCCUGGUACAUUUUCAACUAAUAGCAUGUCAUGGCCUUACCCGAAUUAUCAGCAGCAUCCAUUUCAGCCUAUGAUGAACAAUGCUGCCCUUCUGCAGCAGUAUAAUCCUAGUCAGACAUUAUCAGCUGCACAGCCUAAUGCCUUUGCAGGGCCGGGCUACACACCUUGGCCUGGGUUUAUGGGGCAAAAUGUCAUAAGCCAAAUGGUUGGGGUGGGUUUACCUUGCCAACCUGCUCCCCCAUCUAUAAAUGCCAGGGAGGUGAUUCCUCCCAAUGGACCAGACAGACAACAGGACAAUAUCCAAGCAAGUGAUGGUCCUUUGGCUGGCAAUGAAGCUUCCAAACAGUUUAACAUAGGUGCAGGUGCAUCUUCAAAUCGUGGAAGGAAACCGUAUCGUAGAGGGGGUAGACGUUUUGCUGGAGCGAGAGGUCGCCAGUAGUCCAGAUAAAAUCAUGUAUUGUGUUCGUUUUGAACUCUAGAAAAAUGAAUGAGCUUAUGCUAGAUUGUGUCCCUUUGUUUUAGAGUUGCAGGAGCCAUGUGGGGGCUUCCAUUUACUUCAGUGGUGGUGGUUACAUGCCCCGCAUUUGCUUUCUCCAACUCAAUGCAGAAGAUGUUUUCAUUUCUUUUCUUAUUAUUAUUUUUUUCACCAUAGAUUUCAUAAACAGUUGGGCUGAGGAGAGAGAUUAUAUUUUGUAGUUGUAGAUGUCUCAUUUGAGUAAAAGUGUUUUGACUGUAUUGCAUAAUGGACAAGUUGAUAAUUGUAGUUGGCUA